CACCCCAGGCCGCCUUUCCCGUUUUUUGUCUGUCCUGCCACGGCCGGUUCUUUGCGGAGCGGCGGUACCGACCGUCCCUGGCCGUCGACAAUCCGCUCUUCUGGAUAUCUGCUCGCGCUCGCUCGCCCGUCCGCUCCACGAUCCGCCUGCUUUCGCUUCUGCAUCCAAGGCAACACGUUUUGUCCUGUUGCUUGGCUGGGCUGAGGAUUGCUACUGUCCGCAAGCCCGUCCGUGUCUGCCGAGUCUGGCCCGUGCAUCUCGUCGAUCCAGACACUCUCCGUUCCGCUGGGCCAUCUGCAGCCGUCGUUGUUGCUGCCCCUGGCGCAAUGGCUUUUAUCGGGACCUGCCUUUCGUCCUGCUGUUUUCUCGAAGAGCAUCCCCGGGAUCCGCUCCCCGGCCGCCCGUCAUCGGGCUUGCACCAAGAGAUCGACCUGGAUCCAAUCCCGUCGCUUCCCCAGCAGCCCCAGUCGACGCUGCCCAUGACAACCACAGGGGCUUCAGAGCCCUGGCUGCAUCCUCUCGAAGCCUUUGUCAACCUCGCGGCCUACGAACCCACCAGCCUGGCCAUCUUCACAAACGAAUCUGGCUCGCCCGAGACUGUGACGUACCUGGAGGCAUGGGAGCGCGCCUAUGCAAUCGCCCAGGGCCUGCAAGCCCUGCCGGACUGGUCCGACGACGUCAGCGUCGUUGCGCUGCAUGUCGAACCCGAGGUGCACUGGGUGCUUUUCACCUACGCCCUGUGGAUUCUUGGCAGAAAGGUCAUCAACUUUGCUCUCAACUGGCCAGCAUCGAUCCGGACCAUCAUCUGCCACCGACUCAACAUCAAGUUUAUCCUCUACGAAUCCAGCAAGCCCGGCCCCACCCCCGAUGUUCACAUGGUCAGCGCCAGCUCCCUGCCUCGGCUCAGUACCGUCCCGCCUCCCUCGCUCGAUCUCUGUGCUCCUCUCCAAGAAUACGUGGGCUACAUCAGCACCUCAGGAACGACUGGCAUCCCACGAACGUUCCCUGCUCCCCAUAGGAUGGGAAACACCCUCAAGCCAUCCUGGCCCGGAAGGUACAUCUCCAACGGCGUAUUCCAGGCACCGUCCUUCUCAGUGACCAUGGGUUGGCUGCUGUCCAGUGCCAACGUCAAGGGUUCGCUCUGGUUUCCUCGGCUGACUCCAAACGUCGUCGACAAGGUCAAAGAGGCUAUCGCUCUCUUGAACUCUGGCAUGCAGCUGCUCUUCCAGUCUCCGUCGUUCAUGAACAUGACCUUCCGAAUGGCACAAUCGAUGGACAAGAGCGCCAAGUGGCCUGCGGUCAAGAGCAUCGUGAUGGGCGGCGAGAUGCUGCCGCCUGUUCUCGUGCACCAGGCCCGUGAACUGUGUCCCAACGCACUCAUCCGCAGCAUAUACGGAUCGAGCGAGACCGGCGCCGUCGGCAUUGCCGCAUACUUUGUUCUGUCGCCCGCCGAGCCGGUUCCCACUCGCCUGGUGUAUACCCUCCGCAUUCCAAACGUGCGGAUCGCCCUUGUGGACAAUGCUGGCCAGCGCUUGGGUCCGGAGACCAAGCGGGGAAUCCUGUGCUUUGCAAUCGAGCGCAACGAUCCCAAGGGCGACCAUCCUGAUUUUCACACGACCGGGCCACAAGAUCCCCUUGCUUCUUUUGGGUACUUUGCAGACGGAACACCCCGCAUCUGCACCAUGGACGAUGCAGAACUGGUUCGGGAGAGCGAGUUCGUAAUCCACGGCAGAUCCGGCCGCCGUGUCAAGGUCAACGGCAUCAAUGUCGAUUUGGGUGCUCUCGAGAGCUUGCUGCUGGCCGAGAUGCGUAAAGAAAUCACUCACUGCAACAUCACCCAGACUGCGGAUCUCAAGAUUACGAUGCUCUAUGUCCUCGCUCGCUCCUCCAGCACCAAACUGACUCCUUCGCACAUCUUGACCAAGACCGAGUACAUAUUUGCGCUCCAGAACAUCCCCAAGAUCCCAAUCCACAACUUUCUCGAGCUGACAGAGAUCCCCUUGAACGGCUCUGGCAAGACGGAUCUGAAUCGGCUUCAGCGGCUCGCUGAGCAGGCCAGCUGCCACGGACUGGCCAUGGGCUUUCCGCCGCUCGAGCUCAACAGCGACACUGAAUCCAAGAUUGCCGCCAAGGUUUCUCGUCUGGGAUCCGAGAUCGUGGGCAUCGACGCCUACGGCGGGCGAAACUACUACAUUGCCGGCAUCGGUUUUGACUCGCUGACGGUCGUGCGUUUGGCGAUCGCCAUCAAGGAGGAGUUUGGCGUCGAGAUCUCGCCCAUGACUCUGCUAUCCCACGGCAUGACUCCGCAGAUCGUUGCCAGUAUCAUUCAAGAGAGCCUCGACGACCGCCCCUUCAACCCCCCAGCCACCGACCUGACUUUUGAGGUGGUUCAGCUCGACGAUGCAUCCAUCUCGGCAGAGCGCUUCAGGCCAUACGCCGCCACCGAGCGUCCUCGCGCGAUCCUGUUGACAGGUGCGACGGGCUUCCUUGGCUCUUUCCUGCUUUUCGAGCUGGCUGAGAGGUUCCCUGACACCAGUAUCGUGUGUCUGGCCCGCGCCGAGGACGACCGCAAAGCCUUGGAGCGGGUGCGAGCCAACUGCCACGCACUCGUCUUGGAGUCGCGCACCGAAGGCAAGACCAAGUACGAUAUCUGGGACCGGGUCACGGCCGUCCGCGGCGAUUUGGGGCAGCCGCUCUGGGGCCUGGCGACGGACGUCUGGCUGGAGCUCGCGAGGUCGAUCGACCUGAUCGUCCACAAUGGCGCCGAGGUGCACUGGCUCCAUUCCUAUGAGAGACUCAAGUCGCCGAAUGUGCUGGGGACCUUGACCGCCCUAAAGCUGGCCACCACCGACCACCUCAAGGCAGUUCACUUCAUCUCGACGAUGGGCGCCAUCCCCCUGCUCAGCCGCGGCGGCGGGCGGUACAGGGAGGAGAUAUAUCCGUCGCCAAACAUCUCUGGUGGAUACGGACAGACCAAGUGGGUCUCGGAGCAACUCGUCAGUCGUGCUCGUUCUCGCGGAGUACCAGCAACGGUCGUUCGGCCGAGCAUCAUCACUGGCGACAGUGUCUAUGGAGUGUCCAACUCGGACGACUAUAUCUGGCGCUUCAUUCGAGGGUGCAUCGAAAUGAAAGCCACCCCGUCCCAAGUCAGCAAUGUCUACAUGAGCAUGAGCCCGGUGGACUAUGUGGCCGCCGCCAUUGCCGAAAUUGUUGCGUUUCCUGCAGCGCUGGACAAGUUUGUAUUCCACAUCAGCUGUCCUCGGAGCAGCAUCAGUCAAAAGGCAAUGUUCGAGCAGGCCAGCGCCAUGGGGUGGCAGCUUCUCUUUGUCACCGCUGACCAGUUCGAGUUCCUGCUCCGGCAGGCAAACAACCCCAAGCUCAACAUCCUCUAUCCCCUCAUGGUCUUUGUCGGCACCAUGGACUUUCAUUCCGUCGACGACAGCAACACACGCUCGAUUGUCUCGGCGACCUGUCCCGAGGUCUCCGAGAGCUUUGGAAGGUGUCUGCAGUACCUCGCCCACGUUGGAUACCUGCCACCCCCAGCCAACCCCGCUGCUGCCAUGCACAAAUCCAUUGAAUACCCCGAGGUUUCCGUUUUCAGUCGAACAGGCCGCCAUCAGUAACAUCUUCCCCAUGGUGUGGACCAAAUCGGCGAUACUCGGGUUUCCACCUGGUCUCCUGUCACUGGCGAUCCGUGGGCAUCGUCCUUGCCCACUUACGAGCCCGAGGAGCAACCAUCGCUGCCUCACCACAACCGUAUUGUCGCAAAACAUCACACCACGGACGGCAAAACGAACACCGAUCCACACAGGACUGGAAGAGGUAGAGAAAUACAUACACAUUCCAGCAAUUUGGCUCACACAAGAAUGCAGACAGAGGGAACAGCAUACACGCAUCAGAACAGAUUGUACAUUGCCGCAGUGUCUGGCCUGAGCUGAUAUGAUAUCGAUGGACUAUCGUUUGUCAGCCGACUUCCCGUGGCAACGAUCGACUGGCACGCCGAGAUCAUGUUCCUCGUUGCGAUGGGCAGGUGUGAAUCCAAGCCCCCAAAUAGCGACAGCCCUGCCUCAGCGGAGCGCCCACUUUGGUUUGGGUAAAAUGUA